AUGAACAGUCAGUACGUCCGCCGAGAGGUCUUCUGUGGGAACACCUGCCACGAGCUCAAACGUUUCUGGGAGAGGGAGAUUGGCAAACAGACGUACUACCGCGAGUCUGAGGAGCAUCGCCUAGGAAGGAGCGCGCUGAGAAAACUCCGGGAAGAAUGGAAGCAGAGGCUGGAAACAAAGCUGAGGCUGCGGAACAAUCCAGAUGAGGCGGAAAGGCGGACAAAUGUCAGCUGAGAGCGGCCCGCUUCCCUGGCCCCUAGAGGACACACGGCGCCAGGUCCCUCCGCUGGAAGUUACUUAAGCCCCAGUCCCUCUGCUGUGAAGCAUCCCUUCCCAAUGCCCCACUCUCUGCUGUGGUACACCCCAACAUCCCGUGGUGACUAUGUGCCAGGUGCCGAGUCACCCUCUGCAUGCGCGGAGGCCAGGCUAUUAUUCCAAACGUCGCCAAGUGUGAGUUUGCUUAACAUCAAGAUCUCAGACAUUGGAUUUUGUUUUCAUAGAAUUUCCCUCUGGCUUUAAAAUGCACAUAUUUUAAAGUAUGUGCAUGCCAGAAAGGAUUCAGAUCUUCCUGGUCUUGCUUUAAACAUUGCAAGGUAUUUCGGCUGCACCA